AAUCAGUUGAGUUUCGCAUACCGUCCGGACCGGUUGGUUGGUUGGUUGUACAUACAAGUGGAGAUCACACAUCCUACGUUCAGAAGAAAUUCUCUAAAGCCUACAAUUUUGUGUAGAACAUAAAAGAGAAAUAAUUUAAGAAAAUUAAAACAGAAAACAAGAAAAAUGCCGGUUGAUAUUAAAAAUGUCUUGGUGUGCGAUGCCGUAGACAGCGCCUGUGUGGAGCUUUUGCAAAAGAAUGGCAUUAAUGUGGCUUAUAAACUGAAAUUGCCGGUGGAUGAACUCUGCAAAGAAGUCAAAAACUAUGAUGCUGCCAUUGUUAGAUCUGACACAAAAAUCACCCAACAGGUCUUAGAGGCUGGGGCGGGAAGCUUGAAGGUAGUUGGUCGUGCCGGAGCCGGUGUGGAUAAUAUUGAUGUACCAGCAGCAACAAAGAACAAAGUUAUUGUCCUAAACACUCCAGGUGGUAAUUCAAUUUCGGCCUGUGAAUUGACAUGCAUUGCCAUCGGAACUUUAGCACGUCCAGUUGUGCCGGCUGUCCAGAGCAUGAAAGAGGGCCGUUGGGAUAGAAAACUCUACAGUGGCAGUGAAUUGUAUGGCAAAACAUUGGCCGUAUUGGGUCUGGGACGCAUUGGCCGUGAGGUGGCCAUACGCAUGAAGGCCUGGGGCAUGAGGAUUAUUGGCUAUGAUCCCAUCACAACGGAGGAAGAAGCAAAGGCGGCAGGCAUUGAAAAAAUGACAUUGGAUGAAAUUUGGCCUUUGGCAGAUUAUAUUACCGUGCAUACCCCAUUGAUACCAGCCACAAGAAAUCUCGUCUCCGCAGAAGCCUUGGCAAAAUGCAAGAAGGGCGUUAAGGUUGUGAACGUUGCCCGUGGUGGCAUUGUUGAUGAACAGGCCGUGCUCGAUGCCCUGGAAUCGGGACAAUGUGGUGGUGCUGCAUUUGAUGUCUAUCCCGAGGAGCCACCUAAAUCAGAAGUCACCAAAAAACUCAUUCAACAUUCUAAAGUGGUGGCUACCCCACAUUUGGGCGCCAGUACGGCGGAGGCUCAAGUUCGUGUGGCCGUCGAAGUUGCUGAGCAAUUUAUUGCAUUGACAGGCAAAUCACAAGUCUAUACCAGCUAUCCGGGGGUUAUCAAUCGUGAAGUAUUGGCUAAUUAUCAGUAAUUGGACAUGAUGAGUUGUUUGUUUGUCUUUUUUUGAUGGAUGGAAAACUGGGUGUCUACCAACUCAUAUCGCCGAUAGUAACAGCAUCAUCAUCAUUGGGGGUCCAUUAACUGACAUUGAUGGCCUGCAAAAUAUAUAGAAAUUGCAUCAGUUAAUUUCCAUUUUUUUAUAUUCUAUGCCAUUUUAUUUUUUGGUUUUCAUUCGUUAUCAAUUUUGUUGUUUACAUACUUUUACAUUCACACAUUUAUACAUGCAUCGGUAUUUUCAUGGAAUUAAAUUUAAAAUUAAACAUUUAUUUUUGUAUAAUUGAAAUUGAACAAUAAUAUACAAAUUAUUAAAAAACAAAUCAAAUUGAAAGAA